CAUUAACUAAAGCAAAUAGUUUAAAGGAACAUCGAAAAAUGACUAGUGCAUUGCAAGAGGCAGUCUUUGUAGGAGCAAACAAGCAGGCGCAUACUCUGGACUAUAGUUUAAAGUCUGGGGUUACUGCAUUUGGCGCAUCCACCACAGUCGCCUUGUGGAGACCAUUCAGUGCUAAUGGAGUUUAUGCCACGUUAAAGGCUCAUACCAAGGAGGUUACUGGUGUAAAAUUUGUUCCAGGAACUAAUCUUUUGGUCAGUACUGGCGAGGAUGGACUUAUCGCUGUCUGGAGAGGCGUAGAGGAAUCGAACACCCCUCCAACGUACGAACUUGUACAAUCGUUGAAUCAUCAUGUUGGAUCGAUCACUGCUGUAGCUACCUCGCAUGGCUUUGUUGUCACUGGUGGUGUUGAUGGAAAUGUUGUGAUAUGGAAGGUUUCUGAAAAAGAUGGAGAGACUCCUCUUCAACUCUUGAAAUCUUUCACUGUUCAAAGAGGAUUCUUCCCAACAUGUUUGGCACUUCAAGAUGUAUAUGGUGAAACUAUGCUUGCCGUAGGAGGAACUUCGUCAGUAGUCUAUUUAUACGAUGUCAACACUGAUACUCAAAACAGAGUAGCACUUUCAGGUCAUGAAGAUUGGAUUAAAUGUCUUGCCUGGACCAAAGACAACCAAGGGUAUUUAUUAGCUCUGGGAGGUCAAGAUAGAUAUAUUCGUUUAUGGAGAGUCUGCAGAGAAACUCCAAAGGAUCAAGUGGACGAAACCAAAUUAGUCUUACUUGCAAACAAGAAGGAGUACAUGAAAUUGGGUAACGAAGAAACAUCUUCUUGUUCAGUAGAGAUUUACUUUGAUGCUCUUAUCAUGGGUCAUGAUGAUUGGGUCACUGGACUCGUUUGGAGACCAGAAGAAGGUCAACUUCUCUCACUGUCUGCCGAUACUGGCUUGAUGAUUUGGGAAAUGGAUACUGUUUCUGGAAUCUGGUGUUGUAUUUCCCGAUUAGGGGAAAUGUCCAUCAAGGGAGCUUCCACCGCCACUGGGUCAUCUGGUGGAUUCUGGUCGUGUCUUUGGAUUGAACAAGAAUUAGGUGGUCAACAAUAUAUUUUGGCUAACGGUAAGACUGGAUCAUUCAGAGUUUAUAAGAGAGACGGAUCAGGGUCAGACAAGAUGAACUGGUCAGUUUCACUUGGAAUUACUGGUCCAUCUAAAGAAGUCACCGACUUGGUAUGGUCACCAAAUGGUAACUACUUCUAUGCGACUUCCUUGGACCAAACCACUAGACUCUUUGCCAAAUCGAAAUCAAGAGGUUGGAGAGAACUUGCAAGACCCCAAAUCCAUGGGUACGAUAUGAUUUGUAUGGACAAUUUAGACGGAACAAAGUUUGUUUCUGGAGGUGAUGAAAAAGUUUUGAGAGUUUUCGAAAUGACAGGUGCUACCGCCGAUGUUUUAGAAAGAGAAGGAAUUGAAGUUGGUAGAGGAGAAAGCAAAUUACCUGAGACUGCAGCAUUACCAGUUUUAGGAUUGUCAAAUAAAGCGGACAAUGAAGAAUCUGAAGUGAAAUCUACAGAAAAUGAGAAGGAAGAUGAACAGGAAGAUAAGCCAUCUAAAGAUGAAACUGUAGCCUCAUCUACAGAAUCAGUCGAAGAAUUGAUUGAUAUUAAUGAAGAUCUUCUUCAACGUCACACUCUCUACCCUGAGAUUGAGAAACUUUAUGGUCAUGGGUAUGAAUUAACUAGCUGUGCCACUUCACCUACACACAUUGCCUCCUCAUGUCGUUCUAACUCGACCAGACAUGCAGCCAUUCGUGUAUUCACAACUACUGACUACCAAAUGUCUCAUGUUUUGGAAGCACAUUCUCUCACAGUAACAAGUUUAGCAUUUUCUCCUGACAACAAAUAUCUUCUUGCUGUGUCCCGUGACAGACAAUUGAGUUUAUGGAAAGACUUCAAGCUCGUUGUACUCCAACAAGCACAUAGUAGAAUUGUAUGGGAUUGUGCCUGGCUUGACAAUACUCACUUUAUUACUGGUUCUAGAGAUAAGCUGAUUAAAAUCUGGAAGGUAUUAGCUGAAGGAGUGGAGCUUUUAGCUACAGAAAAACUCUCACUGCCAGUUAGUUCUGUUGCAACCUACCAAAAAGGACUGGAAUACUAUUUGGCAAUUGGUCUGGAAGAUGGUAUUAGUGUUUUCCGUACAAAUGUACAAACAGAUACAGUGAAGGUUGAACCAGUAGUUGAAUUCGAGUCAACUAUUACCCCUGCAGGUCGUGUAGCGAAGGUUGCAUGGGGGGCUGGACAUGGUGAUGAAUUAGUAUUGGCAGUAGGAUCUGCCGAUACUUCGGUUAGAGUUUAUACUGUUUGCGUCUAGAAAACAUAUAGAUACCAGGAGAGUAGAGGGAAUAGUCCGGGUCCUCUGUGAGGGGCUGUAUAGAAUAAAUAUUACUUGAUAGAAC